AAGAUAAGAGGGUGGUAUAUAAUGAGUAAUUUUUUUUCGAGAGGCACAGUUGGCUUCUGGCUUUGGUGACAAUGCAGACUGUCCUCUUUUUAGCGGCGCUGGUCAGCCUGGCCGCCGCUGGGUACCCGCAAUACCAUUACGAUGUGGAAACCAGAAAACUUGAUCCAAGUCUUUUAAAUAUUCAAACAAAAGUUUUAUCACUUUUGGAGAAUUGGAAACAAGUGAACCCGGAUGAUGAGUAUUAUAAAAUUGGUAAAGAGUAUAAUGUUGAAGCAAACAUGGAAUCUUAUACGAAUCGGGAAGUUGUAACAGAAUUCUUGUCAUUAUAUAAGGCAGGUUUCAUCCCUAAAAAUGAAGUAUUCUCCAUAUUCUACGAGAAUCAAGCUCUAGAAGUCAUAGCUCUAUACAGACUGUUCUACUAUGCCAAAGAUUUUGAAACUUUCUACAAAACUGCGGCGUUUGCACGUGUUUGGUUGAACGAGGGUCAAUUCGUCUAUGCAUUCUAUUUGGCAGUUAUUCAUCGCGCUGAUACAAGAGGCAUAGUUUUACCAGCUCCGUACGAAAUAUGGCCAGAAUACUUUAUGAAUAGCGAUGUUUUAUCCAAGAUUUAUCGUAUCCAGAUGCAGAAAGGCCUGAUUAUUCCAGAGCAAGGUCCAUAUUAUGGAAUAUUGUCUAAAGACAACGCUUACUAUUUCUACGCAAACUACUCUGGUCCUUUGACUUACGAAGACAAUGAGAAUCUAUUAUCGUACUUCAUUGAAGACAUUGGUUGGAAUUCGUAUUAUUACUAUUUCCAUAAUAGAUUUCCAUUCUGGGAAAAUGGCGAACAACUGAUUGGGCCACUUAAAGAACGCCGAGGGGAAAUAUACUAUUAUGUAUAUCAAAAAAUAUUAGCCCGUUAUUAUCUUGAACGUCUAGCAAACGGACUGGGAGAAAUACCGAGGUUCAAUUGGUUAGACAAAUACCAAACAAGUUACUAUCCCUUAUUGAGCUCAUACCAGUUGCCAUUUGCUCAGAGAAAUGACGAUUACUACUUAGCCAGUGGUGAUAAUAUUAACGACAUUCAGUUCAUUGAUACGUAUGAAAAGACUUUCUUACAAUUGUUGCAGAAGGGCCAGUUUAAGGCUUACAAACAAGAAGUUGAUUUAUACAACUCGAAAUCUAUUAACUUCGUUGGCAACUAUUGGCAAUCUAAUGCGGAUCUCUACGAGAAAGUGCCGAAAAGGAAUUACUGGCGAUCAUAUGAAGCCACUGCUCGUCGUGUUCUUGGUGCUGCUCCUAGAAGUUCCAUUAAUUACGAAAACAUGAACAUACCUACCGCAUUAGAUUUUUACCAGACUUCACUACGUGACCCUGCCUUCUACCAACUGUACGCAAAGAUCUUAGACUACAUUAAUGAAUACAAAGAGUACUUGGAACCUUAUUCUCAAGAUGUACUUCACUAUGUCGGCGUCAAGAUUAACGACGUAAAAGUUGACAAACUAGUCACUUACUUCGAAUAUUUUGACUGGAAUGCUACUAACGCCGUUUACUUGUCCGAGCAACAGCUUGAUACCGUAUCUCCUUCUUAUAUUGUCCGUCAACCUCGAUUGAACAACAAACCAUUCACUGUAAAUAUUGAUAUCAAGUCAGAUGUCGAGUCCGAAGUAGUUGUUAAGAUUUUCUUGGGCCCCAAAUACGAUGGCAAUGGCCUUCCUAUUAGUCUAGAAGACAACUGGAUCAAUUUUAUUGAACUCGAUUGGUUUACUCAUAAACUUACUUCAGGACAAAACAAGAUUGCACGCAAAUCGGAAGAAUUCUUUUUCUUCAAAGAUGACUCUGUAUCAUUGUUCAAGAUCUAUGAGCUCCUGAGUAAUGGUCAGGUGCCGUCGUACAUGGUUGAUAGAUACAUAUACCUACCAAGAAGACUUAUAUUGCCUAGAGGUACUCAGCGUGGUUUCCCACUCCAGUUAUUCGUAGUUGUUUAUCCAUACCAGGCCCCAGUUAAAGAAUGGGAGUCAAUGAGACAGUAUAUAGUGGACAACAAGCCAUUCGGUUAUCCAUUUGAUCGUCCUGUGACUCUGCCCUAUUACUUUAAUCAGCCUAACAUGUACUUCAAGGAUGUUUAUGUUUAUCAAGAAGGUGAACAGUACCCAUAUUACAAUUCCUACUGGAGCCAGAACCAAGUCUCUAACCACUAAGAGGAGAGAGAAAAAAUUUACAUACAGUGUAUACGAAAUGAUAAAAUAUUAACAAAAUAAAUCUCGAUUAAAACUGUUAA